AUGAAACAGAUUGCGAAGAAGAAAACCUCACCUGCAAAAAGAUUUAAAAUGCAGCAAAGGAAAAAGGAUGUUGGCCAUCAAGAUAUUGCUGCUGAAAGUGGUGUUAGUUGCAGGAGUGGAUCAUGCCAAAAAACCGAUGCUAUUGGACAUGAAACUGAUGUUGGUGAAUAUAAGACUGCUGAAGCUGCAGAAACUGAUGUAGUUCAGACAGCAAAUAAAGGUAAAGAAAAGGUACAGGAAACUACUGUUAAUGAAGAAGAUAAUGACUGCAGCAUGGAGGAGUCGGAUAAUUCAUCACAUGAUGGGUUGCACAACAAUGAGAGUUCUAGAGAUGAAAGAGGGAGUAAGGAUGUGAACGAGAAGAAAUUUAGGGUGUUCAAUCCUGCAACAGAGAUGGAUGACCCAAAGUUUGAACUUGGGUUGUUAUUCAAGUGUAAAACUGACUUUAUCAAUGCUGUAAAAUCACAAGGAGUGAAGUACGGAAGGAAAAUCAAGUUUAAGAAAAAUGAUUCAAGCGAAUGCAAAGCCAUAUGCAAAGGUAAGAGAUGCAUGUGGAACAUAUAUUGCUCAGUUAGGAGUGAUAAAGUAACAUUCCAAAUCAAAAGCAUGCUGCUGACUCACACUUGUGGUAGAACAACCUAUCAUGGCCUGGCAAGUGUGACAUAUUUGGCCAACAAGUACUUGGAGGACAUUAGACUCAACCCAGAUUUCAAUGUAGGUGAUUUUAUGAUAAAGGUCCACAAGGACUUGGGAGUUAGUAUCACACCUAACGUGGGGUAUAAGGUAAAGGCAAAACCUAAACAGAUGAUACAUGGUGAUUUCGUGUCCCAGUAUAGCAAACUUUGGAGCUACUGUGAAGAACUUCAAAAGGCAAAUCCUGACUCUAAUGUGUUCAUGACUACAACUGAGAAUAAUAAGGGUGAUGAUGAGUUUCAGAGAUUCUAUGUGUGA